AUUUUUUAACUCUCCAAAUCAUGUGCUGUAGGGUCUGGGAAGGGAAGGAAAAACACCUGAUUUUAGUGGUCUGGGGCUGGGGAUUGAAAAUCAGCCUGCAGCCAUAGUGAACAUCCCUAGUUUGAUACAGUCACAGUAAAAGUGAAAGCAGAGGUCCUGUCAUUUCCUCAUUCACAGUCCCAUGUGAUGAGCCUGGCAGGGCAAAUCGAACUCCUUCUUGGCAUUCAGUCAGAGCAGGAACGGUGUUAGGGUUCACUCAGCCGCCAGCCUUGGGAGGAGAAUUCACGGGAAUUCUUGCUGCCUGCUGAUCAGUUCAGGAUUCCUGCCUAGAAAUCUCCACCAGGCGAACUCCCGUCAGCCUUCUCUCUCCCCCCAGCUGGGCAGAAUGAAGCUGUUGGCUUGUAUCGUCUUGGCCUCUCUUGCUGCUGCUGCUACUGCACAUCUACACUCAGACCCGACGCUGGAUAACCACUGGGAGCUCUGGAAGAAAACCUAUGGCAAGCAAUACAGCCACAAGAAAGAGGAAGGGGAACGGCGCGUGACCUGGGAAAAGAACCUCAAGCUCGUUAUGCUGCAUAACCUCGAGCACUCACUGGGCCUGCAUUCCUAUGAGCUGGGUAUGAACCACCUGGCAGACAUGACCAGCGAGGAAGUGGCUGCUUUAUUAACUGGAGUGAAAGUUCCCCACCGAUCUGACUGGAAUUCCACCUACAGGCCUCGCCCUGGCAGCAAAGUGCCUGACUCCAUGGACUGGAGAGAUAAGGGAUGUGUUACGGAUGUGAAGUAUCAGGGGUUCUGUGCCUCCAGCUGGGCUUUCAGUGCUGUCGGUGCCCUAGAAGCCCAGGUGAAACUGAAAACUGGAAACCUGGUGUCUCUCAGCGCACAGAACCUAAUCGACUGUUCCACAACGUAUGGGAACUACGGCUGCCUGGAUGGAUAUGUAACCAGAGCCUUCCAGUACAUCAUCAAUAAUAACGGCAUUGAUUCAGAUGCUUCCUAUCCAUACACAGCUCAGUCCGGAACGUGUCAUUAUAACCCUGCCACGCGAGCCGCCACCUGCUCCAAGUUUGUUGGGCUCCCGCAUGCUGAUGAAACAGCCCUGAAGGAUGCCGUAGCCAAUAUCGGACCUGUGUCCGUCAUCAUAAAUGCGGCAAAGCCUUCGUUUUUCCUGUAUAAGUCAGGAGUCUACGAUGAUCCACAUUGCACUGAAGAGCCAAAUCAUUCAGUUCUAGUUAUUGGCUAUGGCACCCUGGAUGGGAAGGACUUUUGGCUUGUGAAAAACAGCUGGGGCGUAAAGUUCGGUGACAAAGGGUACAUUCAAAUGUCCAGGAACAAAGGAAACCAAUGUGGGAUUGCCAGCUAUGGUUCUUAUCCACAAAUAUAGAGGGAUGCUCUGCUUCAGACUGCACUCUGGAGAUGUGGUCUGUUAAACUGCUAAUCUUAGCCUUGCUGUAAUCUAGCUGCUCUGUUUGAGAACAGUGAACAGGCUCUAAUGGCAAAAUCCUCCCAUCAGAUCCAUCCGAUGGAUCUGAGUUAAGCAGUCGUAAUGAUGAAUGAUCGUGAUUGGUCUGGUCCGGAAUUUGGGCACUUUUAGCUCACUCUCCCUAUCCCACAAGGGUGUUUGUAAAUGAUUAAUGUCUAUGCAUUGCUUUGCGCAUGUGAAGUGCUAUUUCAGUGCCAAGUAUUGUCACUGCUGCUGUCUCAAAAUGUGUUGGAGUGAAGGCCAUGUCACACGGAUAUAACUAGUCCAGGAGCUGGCAACCUUUCAGAAGUCGUGUGCCGAGUCUUCAGUUAGUCACUCUGAUUUAAGG